AUGGUCGAUCCCAACACGGGGCUACAGAGCUCCCAGGUCCUAAGCAAGCUAUGGGAUAGAGAGCAAUCAAACGAGCAGCUCAAGAGUGUUUUGAGGCUUAUUUCUGUAACCGAUUGUCCAUUGGGAAAAUUGACCGAAAACCCCCGCACAACCCCCUCGACAGCAAAGCAGAAGCUUAGACAACGCCAUAUCAAAGCUGUCCUUGGGGAGUUCAUUCUCCACAACGAAGUCUUUCACAUUGUACUGGGACUCUUUUUAAGUAUGUUAGGUUUGAUAUUCGAGUUAUCCUCUAGUGGCUCGAGUAUGAACAUGUUCAAUUUCAUCGCGUUGACAAUAUAUCUUCCAAUUUUCCUGGGCUCUAAUGUCAUGAGUACCAGGGUAGCUUCCUCGGCACCAACCUCUAAACAAAACAGCGGCGGUAGAUUUUUUCGCGUUUGCCCGCUAAAAGAUCUCAUGCUACAGUCCAAAGACCAGGCCGUCCCAAUGACAGGCUCCAAGGAGGCCUUCUUGCCUGCGACUGCCGUGGAUCGGACAGCCGGUCCACUUAUUUCAGAAGAUACUCUGCCAGUACCAGAUGCAUCACGAUCCCAGCACAAGUCGUCACGGACUGCCGAAGACAGCACUUCUUUAACCCUAGAGGCUGCUCCUAUCUACACUCAAGUCCUGGACUUUCAAGCGUGGAAGCCCAUGCGGCUCCAGAAGCACAUCGCUAGCUUGGUUGAUAUGGAGGCAGACUUGCGCAGGUUUGUCUUAAAGUCCUUUAGUUCAUUCUUGGCCAAAAUUAGAAAUAUCGCCUUUCCUAAUUAUCUAGUCAUCAGAGAUGGGGAGUUCAUGGUUAUCGAGGCAUGUAACUUAGUGGUUGGAGACGUGCUUGUCCUCGCAGAGGGUCAGAUUGUGCCGUGUGAUUGUACCAUAUUGCCUACAUAUUUUACGCAAGCACAUUCGCUUUCUAUGCAUUUGCCAGAGUAUCAGAUGUGCUAUCCUGCAUUUCCCGUUGAUGUGUCUAACAAGCUACGACCAUUCUGCCCAGAGGCUGUUUCGUAUGGGUUAGCCAGGAAGCAACCCCUCGUUUACUGUACAUUUCCUACCAGCACGGCUGCAAACAUUAUCGCUCACUAUAAGAUCUACUCACUUUAUUCCACUCUAUGCAAGUCUAGAGCAAAGAGUGUCCGACAUGUUCAGAAGGCAAAAAGAAUUUACUCUGCAGGCAUCGGUUCCACUCUUCACACCGCAUCUUUACCUCAUCAAGACACUAGUGAAGAGCUGACAUCCUCGCGCCUCUAUAGGUCUCGGCGAGAACGUGCAGAUUCCAGCAAUCCUUUGUUAGAGUCUAAUUUUAGUGGGAGAGGCCAGUCUAUGCAUGCAAAUUCCAUCGUGGAUGACGCUUUGUCUUUCUAUGUUAAUAAGCUAGGGUUGCAGGAUUCAGUCCAGAGCUCGUUGCUGCUCUGUGGACAGAAGAUACUGCAAAUAAAGAACCCGUUGCCAAUUACUCUUGAAAACGUAUCCAUAUCUACGAUUGUCUCGGCAUUCUUUGCACGUGUUCAUGCAAACUGUCAGACCGAGACCACGGAGUUUUCUGCAGAAAAGUUUGCCAGACUGUCCUCCCUUUGUAUGAAGGUUCUUAUUGACGAACUAGGCGCACGGAAGACGUCUUCUUCAUCUGUGAGCAUUGCUGUGACUAGGGGCAUUCGAGUAUGUGUGACUGCUCUUGGGAAAGAUACUUCAGUUUUUCAGCGAUCUGAGCGCCUCCUUUCUGAUCUGCAGCAGUCUCUUGACUUUCCAGCACGCCCUAAUCAUAGUUUACGUAGGAGUCUCAGGCGUUCAAAGCUGCCCAAGCCUAAUGUGUCUAGUCCUGCUACCCUCAUUGAAGGAAAGGAAGCAUUGACCGAGACUAUUUCCAUGCCGGCAUCAUUUCUAUCGUCAACUCUUUCUAUGCAAAAUUUUUUCCGCGUUAUAUCGAUAAUUUCUCUCUGGGUAUCUGUUUUUCUUAUCAUCAUUCCUGUUUUGCCUCGUCUCGCUCUAUCCUCAGAAUUGCGACGUCAGUAUGUCAGCUACUGGGAUCCGGCACAAUCUGAUCAGUUAGCUCUGUUCGCUAUUGGGUUCAUCCCUUCGGUUUGUGCGGCUCUGACAUUUGGCCUUGUCUCUGGUCUGUUUCUUCAUCGCAAUACGGUCGCUCUACGCCCGAUCAUUUCUGUCUCUUCGAAGCAUCUCUCGAGCCUUGUCCAACGUAAUGUGCACAUCCACACCCUUGGGGCGCUUGAGGCGAUUGGCUUCACUAACGCUCUUGUGAUCGACGAGUCUCUCUUGGUCAAUAUCUCGGGCUCCCAGGUCCAUGAAGAUGCUCCAGGCUUUUGGGGCCCGGUUGCGAUGAACCUCUCCUUCAUUUAUGUGGCUGGUGAAAAUACAACUCAUAGGCUAUAUCUAGACGAGGAGAUCCGCCUUCAAGGGUCUAUCCUUGCUCAGGAUAUUGUCACCCCGCUUUGGCCUUCCAUCUUCAGAUACCUUGUGCAGGUGAAUGCCGUCACAGGGCAGUAUGUCAUUAUCGGCGCGCGCAGAAGGUUCCAUGGAAGUUACGCCCUUCAGCACUCCGCAGGCGUCGUAGAAUCGACUGAGCAGAUUGACCACUCUCAUCAGUUUAGCUUUUAUGAGGGGCAACAUGCUGACAUUACUUUUGCUCAAACCCCCAAGGUACCCAAGCAAUCUAGGCGGUUGUACGACACGCUCUUGUGCCUGAUGCGCUUUUUGGCCUGCGUAACAAUGGGCCCAGCUGACGUCGCUCAUGCUCUCAAGAACUCUACCACAGAGCAGACAAUUUUCACCCCAGACUAUGCCUUUGAGAUCGUUGCCUUUGACUCCGAAUCUACAUCGUCCCGCUCCCCUUCUCGUGAAUGCUCCUUUCACGAACAAAAGGAUCCCCUGUACGCUACCACCAACCGUCGUACCCGCACAAGCACUUCUUCAGAAGCAAGCCUUGCAAAGCCGUCUCCCACGUUUGUAGAGCUUUCUUUAUCUCGGCCAAUCAGGCCGGACGUUAUCACUAGUAGCUAUUUCUCAGGGUUUGAGGAAUACCUGUGCAAAUACCUGACCAUGAAUCAAGCGCGGACCUUGAGGAGCAUACGAACCUCACGAUACUCAGCUACUGUACGGAAGUAUGGGCGCCUCAUUACUCCAGGGUGUCUCCAGGACUCUCAUCUUAGUGUUGCACAAAUACAUCCGCUUGUAACUUAUCCUCUGUGCGUCUAUCUUGUGUAUAUAGAGAGACAGGCUCCAGUUAUUGUGGUGAAGUCAUCCAGUCCGGAGGACCUUAUUUCAGUGUGCAAAUACACAAUAGCAGAUGACCUGGGCUCAACGAUUGCAGGCGACCAUCACUUUUUUACACUAGCAGCGGACAGUGACCACAUUCUCUUCUACUACAGAAGAAUGGAUGACGCUAGGCGUCAACUAGCCACUCAGCAAAUCAAUAAAUUAGGAGCAACGUGUCACGAGCUUGUGCUAUAUGCUAUGUCAGCCUUGCAUGUCGCGAAUAUGGAUUUAUCCGAUCUUUCGAGAGAGACAAUCCCUGCUCUGGAUCUCAUCUAUAUUGGCGCAAUGGGUUUUCACGCUACCCAGAAACAUGCUCCUACUGCAUUCAUUUCCCGUUUCACAGACCUGUCCAAUGGGGCAAACUUGAUAAUAACGACACGGCGGUCUUCAAAUGCUGGUCAGCAGCAUGCAGCUUUUGGGCUUUGCAGGCCUAAGGAGAUGUGUGCAAAUCCUCUGACUGACGUACAGACACUUCUUAGUGCACUGAAUCUAACCGUACAGACGAAUGCCAGCCAUGGCAGAAAUAAUCUUGGAGAAGUAAGAGACUCUGAUUGGAACACGUCGAAUGCUGAGGCAGACAAACCCUGUCAUGAUAUUAGUUUGCCCACUGUAGAGCUUAGACCGAAGAAGCCUAAAGGUUCUAACCAAAAGCAGCCAAUUGUCGUUCCCCCCUUGACCGCUCAAACAAGGCGUUGCUUUGUUACAACUGAUCUGAAGGCAGUUAGCUUGUAUACCCUCAGCAGAAUCCACGACAACAACGGAAAACUACUAUUGUCAUCGAGGCCCAACAGAAGACACAAUAAGUCAUAUGUUCACCUACAGCGGAAGCGAGCCGAUAUGUUGGAUGAUUGGAGGGCUGUAACAGCAGAUGAGCAUUUUGACUGUGUGUCUCGCUAUCCACUUGUUCUAUCAGAUGCAGAAGAGGAGCAGAAUUCUACCCAACAAGAUACAAGGGUAUUUCAUGCACGUCGCACCCAGCAUGCUAAGUACCAUCACAGAUCUGCUCAGCUGGCGCAGAACAGACAAAUAUAUGCACAGCUUAAGGCUACGUCUAGUGAGCUGAAUAUUUCUGAUGAAUCUUUUGUUUCAGAUGAGACUCAAGUGCAUAGUCUAAGACCCCGUAGGCAAGAUGCUACAAUCUCCAGCAUAGAUUGUACGCUUGGAUACCCUAUUAUUGCACCGCAACAGACUUGGAAGGCCGUUGAGCACUUUAUGGCAACAGCUCAACGAUUUUACAAUCCUCCUAAAAGAACCCAUUACAGGGCUCCCAUUCGAGAGGGAGAGCUACUCGGUGAGCAUCUGCCGAAUGUAUUUGUAAUACCCGAGAGUAACUCUGUAGAUGUUGCGUCUGCACUCAGUAAUGCAGGAGCGUUCGUGACCCUGGUCCUCCCAUCUAGGCCCUCCUCGUAUGCUUAUACCAUCGAAGAAGAAGAUGUCUUCAAGGACAACACGACUGCAGCUACCCUGCUACAAACGGCAGGAGAUUCUAAGACGGUUCCAAGCUACCUUUCCGUCUGUCGCAGUAACAUCUCGUUUUCUCGGAAACCAGACUUUCUUAUAAUUGGCUAUAGCCCAGGCUAUGAGCCGAAUCGUGGGAAGCAGCAGCUAGGUAUUCCCAAGGAAAGUUAUGUUCAACUCCGCCGCUUGCUAAGAGAGCGUAUUUCUGUGGCAUAUACGUUUGGCCACCACGGUCUCCAGCACUUACGUGAUGUGGCGUUAGAGGCCCCAUAUUUCUUCCUGUCAAUGUUUCCUGCAUUCAUUGGUACUGUCCGCUCAAGCCUGCUGCAAGGAAUCUUUCCCUUGACGCUGGCCCUGACUAUUACCACCAAUAUCACGCUGGAGUGUAUACUUUAUAGGUAUGAGAUGAUAAACAUGGGACUGCGCCCUUGGUACUACCCGCCGACCACUGUAGGAAUCAUUCUGCUCACAAAUGCCCUUGUCAACGAUUUCAUGAUUCCUAAGGUACUUCAGUUCUCGCUCAGGUUCCACAGGAGACCUACACAGAUAGAGGGCAAACUGCGGUCUAGAUCCCUUUCACAGCAUGAUCCCUUAGUCAAGCAGAUGAUUAAUCAUAUCCACAGAGCAGUCAUACGAAUGAAGGGCCGACACAAUGCCCACAGCCUUCCGUCUGUGACUGCCUAUACAAAGCAACCCCCCAGUAGGUACCACCUUAAAGCUUUGAUGAAUGUGGCGGAAAAGCUGUCCAAGAACCUUCGGACGUCGUCGCUUACUAGCUUCAGCCUCAUCUUUAUCGUUAUCAGUGCCAUAGCGCUCCUCCCGUCUAUCAACUAUCGGUAUUACGGCACUACUGAGUUCUUUAAGCCUAUGUAUCUUGACAGGAACAACCUUUUUGUGUCCUCGCUCUCGCGUAAGUUUGUAAUAUUCGCAACUCUGCUUAUGGUUCUCCUCUUUAUGAGCUUUUCAAUUGCAGCCUUUUUCAUUGCUAUACGGCUUCCGAUCGUGAGAGGCAUGGAAGGUUCCAUGCAUCGGUGCUUCAGGGUUCUUCACGUAGGGGUCUUCUUCGCCAUUCAGUUCUUAGUCAUCUACGCUGUUCUUCUUCUCCCUAUCCGAUUUCCAAUCCUUAGCCUCUUAAUCUCAGGGUUUACGAUUUCAGAGGAGACCUCUGAGUUCUGGAAUAGUGUCUUUUUGUCUGCCGGUAUAUCAUGCCUAGUCCUCGUAGGCGUUAUUUUGGAACAAUCCGUCCCCAUUCUGAACUAG